AGGAAUCGGAGGAGGUAAGCCCCUCAAAUAAGAAGCAACACCGAUAGGAAGGGAUCACCCCGCACUUUGGAAGCUAAGAACACUUUUCCAUUCACGCAUAAAAGAGAAAGCGUCGAACAUGACCGAUUUUAUCCGCACUAUUUGGCAAAAUACCGCUAGCGCCAACGGCGCUCAGCAGCGGAAAACUACGACGGAGGCUGUGCAGCCCGUGGACCAGAUCCGCCUGCCGCCGUCGGCCGCGGCCCCCUCCGUGUCAGCCUGCGAGCGACUCAUCAAGCUCGAGCCCCCGUCGUCCCCGUCGACGUCCUCGUCCGCUUCCGACUCGGACUCGGGCAAGGCUCAACGCAUGGCCCGCGUGAACGCGCGCCGCGACAAGCGCAAGCCGCUCGAGGCGGCCGAUGUGACCCACGCCAGUGCCAGCAAAAAGCUCAAGACAGAGGCUGCUCUGGACCCUAGCGGUGAGGAGCGUCUGCGCGCUAUGGAGGCGCAGCUGGAGCACUUGGACCCGGACUCGAAGGAGGCUAAGAAGAAGCGUCGCCUCAUUCGCAACCGCAUGUCGGCACAGCUCCACCGUGAGCGCAAAAAAGCGUACGUGGGGCAGCUGGAAGACCAGCUGCAGGCCAAGGAGAAGGAGCUUAAGGCUCUGCAGGACCAGCUUGCGGCAAUGGCCGUCGAGAGCGAGCAGCUUAAGCAGAAACUCGGCCGCAAGGAAAGCAUCGAGCAGGAGCCACAGAUCAAGGCGGAACCUGUUCCUCUCGAGAAGGUUGCACACGCUGAGUCCGUUAUGGUUCCCAAUGAGCCGGCCGUUGACUGGGCCGCCUGUCUGGAAGACAUGGACGAGGCCAUGGUGGGCGAGGACCUGCUGUGCGACCUGGACGAAUCUCCUUUGGCCGCCAUUGCUUCUCGCAUCGUGGCCUGCCUGGAAAAAACCUCGUGGGAGGAUUUCCAGGAUGUAUCUUCGUGGACGACGUCGGCCGCCAGUGCUGCCGCGGCCGCCGCCAUGGCCAUAACGGCCGACAAGAAAUCUCGAACUCAGCAGACGAACUCGCCGUCGGCCGCGUCAGAUAACGAGGUGACUCGUCGCUCCGUGGCCGACAUGAGCACGAUCCGCAAGGGCAUGUCUACUGGCGCUCUGUUCCCGACCACGGUGGCCAAAGCGGCGGCUUCGUCGAACGACAAGUUGUUGGAGACGCACGACCAGUCGGUCACGUUCCUCUACCCACUGAGCGCGUUCUCUGAGGACCAGCGCUCGGCUGCCUUUCCCAACGGUGCCUCGUCGGACCAGGUGUUCCUGGAGGUGUCGUGCCAGAUCAAUGGUGCGGCUAAAUCCCUCUACGAAUAG